AUGGGAAGUACCAACCAGGAGUGGGUGAGCGAGCCUAUUGCCAUUAUUGGCUUGAGCUGCAAGUUUGCAGGAGAUGCCUCCAGUCCGGAGGAGUUGUGGAAGAUGCUGGCCGAAGGCCGAAAUGCCUGGUCUGAGAUUCCACCUACUCGCUUCAACCCGAAAGGGGCCUACCAUCCCGACUCGGGGAAGCUCAGCACAACGCAUGCCAAAGGAGCACACUUUAUAGAAGAGGAUGUAGGGUUGUUUGAUACCGCCUUCUUCAACUACUCGGCGGAGACUGCAUCGCCACUAAUCAGCCGAACGAUUGUAGCUGGCCUUUCCAUGUCGCAAAUUGCGGGCUCCAAUACAUCCGUGUUUGCAGGCAUUUUCACUCACGAUUACCACGAGGGGCUGAUCCGGGACGAGGACAAUCUGCCCCGUUUCUUGCCAAUUGGUACCUUGUCCGCCAUGGCGUCAAAUCGCAUCUCGCACUUCUUUGACCUUAGAGGAGCCAGCAUGACUGUAGAUACGGGCUGCUCGACGUCUCUUGUAGCGCUACAUCAGGCGGUGCUCGGCCUGCGGACUGGCGAGGCUGAUAUGUCCAUUGUGAGCGGGUGCAACCUGAUGCUUAACCCAGACACGUUCAAGGUAUUCUCGUCUCUGGGACUGCUUGGGCCCGACGGCAAGUCGUACGCCUUUGACUCGCGCGCCAACGGUUACGGCCGUGGUGAGGGCGUGGGCACCAUUGUGAUCAAACGGCUCAGAGACGCCUUGGCGGACGGUGACCCGAUACGCGCCGUGAUCCGCGAGACAUGUUUGAACCAAGACGGCAAGACUGAGACCAUUACAUCGCCCUCGCAGGAUGCCCAGGAAGCUCUCAUCCGCGAGUGCUACCGACGAGCUGGCCUCAGCCCUCAGGGUACGCAGUACUUUGAGGCGCACGGCACAGGAACGCCCACGGGUGACCCCAUUGAAGUGUGUGCUAUUGCCGCCGUGUUCGCAGCGGCAGACCGCUCCGAGAGUCUCCGCAUCGGGUCCGUCAAGACCAACAUUGGGCAUACGGAAGCCGCGUCCGGGCUGGCUGGCUUGAUCAAGGUAGUGCUAGCCCUAGAGAAGGGUCAGAUCCCGCCCAGUGUCAACUUUGACAAGCCCAAUCCCAAGCUGAAGCUGGACGAAAGGGGUCUCAAGGUAGUAACAGAGCUGGAGCCGUGGCCCGCUAAGGGCCAUGAGCCCCGUCGUGCUUCCCUCAACAGCUUUGGCUACGGCGGAACCAACAGCCAUGUCAUUCUCGAGGACUCCAGGACGUGGACUGCACCGACUCCCAUCAAGAUGUCCCUCGGCUUUCACGUUGGCGACAGGAGUGAGGUGCUCGUCUUCUACGGGCGCGACGAGCAGGCAUGUCAGCGCAUGGUAUCCAACAUGAAGGACUACCUGAGGAGACGCAAGCUAGAAGAUCCGGACAUGGGGGUGAAAGGCGUUGUCACGCUGAUGAAGAGCCUAUGCUACACGCUGAGCAGACGCCGUACGCGCUUCCCUUGGGUGUCGGCACACUUAGCCCCGUACUCGGACAACCUGGACCAGGUCAUUCGGGCCCUGGACGCACCGCUAUUCAAACCCGUGCGUCUUCCUGGGCGCGCACCCCGCAUCGGUAUGGUUUUUACAGGCCAGGGUGCGCAGUGGUAUGCAAUGGGCCGCGAACUUAUUAAUGCAUUUCCUAUUUUUCGAUCAACCCUCUUCGCGGCCGAAGUCUCUCUGCGCGGCUUUGGAGCCGACUGGUCUCUCAUGGAGGAGCUGGGCCGCGACGAAGCUUCCUCGCGUGUCAAUAGCACGGCCCUAAGUAUCCCCGUGUGCGUUGCUGUGCAGAUUGCGCUGGUGCGGCUGCUCAGGUUCUGGGGUAUCUCGCCGACGGCAGUGACGAGCCACUCGUCCGGCGAGAUUGCGGCCGCGUACACUGCGGGUGCCUUAACCCUUCGCCAGGCUAUGGCAGCUGCCUACUACCGCGCUGCUAUGGCGGCGGACGAGACCCUGAUGAACAGAUCCGGGCCUAAAGGCGCCAUGGUAGCGGUCGGGGUCGGGUACGAAGCCGCGCAAGGCUACAUAGAGCGGACGACUAGUGCCAGCGGCAAAGCUGUGUUAGCUUGCAUUAAUAGCCCCAGCAGCGUCACCAUUGCUGGCGAUGAAGCGGCCGUGCAAGAGGUAGAGGACUUAGCCUUCGCAGACGGUGUAUUUGCCCGUCGCCUGAGGGUCGACACAGGUUAUCACUCACAUCACAUGAUGCCUAUCGCCGAGCCCUACCGAAAAGCUCUCCGCGCUGCCCUGGGCAGUGAUAACGAUGAAAACAAAGAUGAAGCCGAGCACAAGAAACGACUGGCUGCGGAGGAGAUUCCCGAGGGUGUGCACUGGGCAGAGCCGUACAGCUCGGCCCUGCGUACUGCUGUCGCGGCUGAAGAGCAAACGAUAAGUACGCAGGGGAGCAUCACCUUCUCGUCACCAGUCACAGGCGGUCGUAUCGUCCGCCUCGAGCAACUUGCUGAUCCGGAGCACUGGAUAUCUAGCCUGCUGCAACCCGUACGAUUUGUCGAUGCAUUGACCGACAUGGUUCUGGGCGACAUGGAUGAGUCGGGAACUAGUGUUGACGUGAUUCUCGAGGUAGGACCACACACAGCGCUCGGUGGUCCCAUCAAAGAGAUACUCUCGGAGCCCGAAUUCGAAGGCCUCGACCUGGCGUACAUGAGCUGUCUGGUGCGCAACGAGGACUCGCGCGACACUAUGCGCACAGUGGCGCUUAAUCUCCUGCGUAGAGGCUCGGAGGUCAAUCCAGCCAACAUUAGCUUCCCAUGGGGCCAGUGGCCAUUUGACCCCCGUGUGUUGACUGAUUUGCCCUCGUAUCCGUGGAAUCACAGUGUCAAGCACUGGCUCGAGGCACGCCAGAACCAAGCCUACCGACAACGGGACCAGGAGCCGCACGAGGUUCUCGGCGCGCUGACAACUGGCACGAAUUUGGAUUCCGCCUGCUGGAGGCAGCAGGUGCGGGUGUCGGAGAAUCCGUGGCUAAGGGACCACGUCGUUCAGGGCAAUAUACUGUACCCUGGUGCUGGCUUUGUGUGCUUGGCAAUCGAAGGCAUGAAGCAACUGACGGAUAUCGAGCUGACUACCAAUAAUAAUAACAAGAUUAGCCAAGUGACGGGUUAUAGGCUGCGGGAUGUGAAUAUGCUCCAAGCCCUCGUGGUGCCCGACAACGCUCAAGGCGUCGAAAUACAGACGGUGUUGCGGUCCGUGGAUGACGAGGCGAUUGGCUUUCGUGGCUGGAAGCAGUUUGUGGUCUCGUCCGUAACUGCGGACAACCAGUGGACGCAGCAUGCCAAGGGGUUCGUCACCAUCGAAAUUGACGUCGCUUUCCCUCCCGCUAGCACCACGAGCUUUCUAACAGACUCCGGCUACACGCGACGUGUCGAUCCAGAAGACAUGUUUGCCAUCCUACGGACAAAGGGUCUGAAUCACGGACCCAUGUUCCAAAACACCACGAGCAUUGUGCAGGACGGCAAGUCCAAGGAAGCGCGCUGUGUAACGACCUUCGAGAUCGCCGACCUGGGGCACAAGCACGUACUGCAUCCCACCACGCUGGACUCGGUGUUCAUUUCCUCCUACGCAGCACUGCCGGGAGUAGGCGUUGCCAGCGAUGACAGUCCUAAGGUGCCGCAGUCUAUCCAGAAGCUCUGGAUCUCAAGCCACAUGGUCACAACUGCAGGCCACAAUUUCACGUGUAACACCAAGCUGCCGCACCGUGACGCGCGCAGCUACGAGGCCGAUGUUUUCGUAGUCGACGGGACCGAAACCGUGCUCGAGCUGCAGGGGUUCGUGGGCCAGUCUCUAGGCCACAGCGCGACUGAUGGUGAAGCUGCGCAACCGUGGACAAAAGAGCUAUGUGCCGAGGUCGAAUGGGCACCUGACUUAGCACUCUCGCUGGGGUUACCAGGUGCGCUAGCUGCCCUGAAGAAAAAGCUAAGCCCGCCCAAGGAGAUGGAAUCCGAAGACAGGGAGGUGCUAAUGGCCUUGCGGCGUGUGUGCGUCUACUUCUGCCACGAUGCGGUGCAGGCCUUGACAGAGCAGGACGUAGCUCGUCUCGCACCACAUCACGUCAAGUUCUACGAGUGGAUGCAAGGCACACUGCGCCUCGCGGCCUCGCGUCGCCUGGGCGCCGAUAGUGACACCUGGGCAAAUCAUGGACCGCAGGAACGUCAACAACACACAGCCCUAGCGGCCACACAGAGCGUCGACGGCGAGUUGAUAUGUCAGCUAGGGUCCGUUCUGGUGCCCAUAUUGCGUGGCGAGCGAGCCCCGCUCGAGGUCAUGAUGGAGGGCCGGGUGCUGUAUAAGUACUACGCCAAUGCCUUCAGGAUGGGACCGGCCUUUACACAGUUCACUUCAUUGCUACGAGCCGUUGCUCACAAAAACCCGCGUGCGCGUGUCCUUGAGAUCGGGGCGGGCACCGGGGCGGCCACUCGCCACGCACUUACAACGACAGGCGACACAGCCAUGGAAGUUGGCCCCCCUUGUGAGACAUGGCAUUUCACCGAUAUAUCUUCUGGGUUCUUCGAGGCAGCCAGGUCCGAGUUCGCAGCCUGGGGCGAUCUCUUGGAGUUUGAUCGGCUCGACAUAGAGCAGAGCCCCGAGUCGCAAGGGUUCAAUCUAGCAAGUUAUGACAUUGUCGUGGCCUGCCAAGUGCUACACGCAACGAAGAGCAUGGCUCGUACCAUGGAUCACGUGCAUAGGUUGAUGAAACCGGGUGCUACACUUCUGCUGAUGGAAACAACCCAGGAUCAGGUCGAUCUCCAGUUCAUCUUUGGCCUGCUUCCCGGCUGGUGGCUUAGCGAGGAGCCUGAGCGGAAGUCUAGCCCCUCACUGUCGGUUCCUCUAUGGGACAAGGUUCUCAAGGGCGCGGGUUUCAGUGGUAUCGAUAUUGAGCUACGCGACUGUGAGACAGAUGAAAACAUGUAUUCUAUUAGCAACAUGCUGUCAACGGCACCUGCCCAACCCUUCAAGCUAUCCACGGACAGCAUUGUCGUCGUCAUCAGUGGCAAGGCGCCUCCGCCCGCCGACUGGCUUCAGUCUCUGCGGGAAUCCAUCGCUAAUGUCACAGAUGGCGCUCUUCCUGCCGUCCAAACCCUUGAGGCGCCUUCCAUCAUGCCGGAGACUUACAGCACUAAAUUGUGCGUGUUUGUAGGCGAGAUUGACCAACCCGUGCUCCACACCCUCGAUGCCGUCGGCUUGCAAGGCAUCAAAGCCAUGGCGACUGGCAGCAAGGGCCUUCUCUGGGUUACGCGUGGCGCCGCCAUCGAAUGCGUGAAUCCAAGCCUGGCACUGGCCACCGGAUUCUUGCGCGUCUUAAGGUCCGAGUACGUAGGCCGCCGCUUCCCGACUCUCGACCUGGACCCCAACACCCCUGUGUGGUCGGAACCGGGCACCAGGGCCAUUGUGCAUGUGCUCCAGGCUUGCCUGGGCACUCCUGACGACGUCUACUCCAUCACGGCCGAAGCAGCCCCAGUAGAAAGCGAGUUUGCGGUGCGGGAUGGCCUCAUCCUAGUUCCGCGUGUAUCCAAAGACGUAGUGCGCAACAAGAUACUUACACCCCCGGCACCAAACUGGGCUGUGCCUGAAUCCAUCCCUGAGGCAGCCCUUUUCCAGGACCAGUGCCCGCUACGCCUGGAGGUUGGCAUCCCGGGCCUUUUGGAUACCUUGGCAUUUAAUGAUGACAAGGAUAUCGGCGGCAGUGACAACACCCAAGCUGACACGGUGGAGAUAGCGCCGCGUGCAUACGGCCUCAACUUCCGCGAUGUCAUGGUAGCUAUGGGCCAGCUGCGUGAGCGUGUCAUGGGCCUCGAGUGCGCAGGCAUCAUCACGCGCUUGGGCAGCGAGGCCGCGGCUCAGGGCUUUGCUGUGGGCGACCGCGUCAUGGCACUGCUGCUUGGCCCCUUUAGCAGUCGUGCCCGAGUUAGCUGGCAUGGCGUCGCACACAUGCCCGAGGGCAUGAGUUUCGACGACGCUGCGUCGCUUCCCAUGAUAUUCAGUACCGCCUAUGUUGGUCUUGUUGAGGUGGCACACCUCCAGCGCGGCCAGUCGGUCCUGAUCCACGCUGCUGCUGGAGGCGUGGGCCAAGCAGCCAUCAUGCUAGCCAAGGACUACCUGGGCGCCGAAGUUUACGCCACUGUCGGAUCUCAGGAGAAGCGCGACCUCCUUACACGUGAGUACGGGAUCCUUCCCGAGCGCAUAUUCAACAGCCGUGACGCAUCUUUUGCGCCAGGGAUCUUGGCUGCAACGAGUGGACGCGGCGUCGAUGUGGUGCUCAACUCUCUGGCCGGGCCGCUGCUACAGGCUGGCUUCGACGUGCUUGCCCCCUUCGGCCACUUCGUCGAGAUUGGCAAGCGAGACCUGGAGGGAAAUAGCCGGCUUGAGAUGGGCACCUUCUCACGGGUUGCGUCUUUUACAUCUCUGGACAUGAUGACUCUGUUGCGCGAGCGAGGACCCCAUGUACAACGUGUGCUUGGUGAUGUGGCACGACUUGCUAGAAACAAGGCCAUUGGACCUAUUCACCCCGUCACCGUCUUCCCCAUGCAGGAGGUCUCAAGGGCUUUCCGCCUCCUACAGACCGGCAAGCACACGGGAAAAGUCGUGCUGUCAGUCGAGCCAGACGAGCAGGUUAGGGUGGUCCCACAAGCUGCGACGCCUAAACUACGGCCGGACGCCUCCUACUUGCUUGUGGGGGGCGUAGGCGGCCUUGGCCGAUCCAUUGCGCACUGGAUGGUAGACCACGGCGCCCGAAACCUCAUAUUGCUAUCGCGUAGUGCAGGCAAGCAGAAUUCAGGAGCAUUUGUUUCCCAGCUGCGACAGGCCGGAUGCCGCGUCGUGGCCGUCAGCUGCGACAUCGCCAACAAUGAAGCCCUAAGCAAAGCCCUUGGUAGCUGCGAGCGUGACGAGCAGCUCCCUCCAGUACGAGGUGUCAUCCAAGGUGCCAUGGUGCUGCAGGACUCUAUCCUCGAGCAAAUGGCGCUGGAUGAUUGGCAGACGGCUAUUCGACCAAAAGUUGCUGGCAGCUGGAACCUGCAUUCGCACUUCUCGCAGCCCCAGUCACUCGAUUUCUUCGUCAUGCUCUCGUCGCUCUCGUGCAUUCUCGGCUGGGCCAGCCAGUCCAACUACGCGGCUGGCGGAUCCUACCAGGACGCACUGGCGCGUCACCGACAAGCAACUGGGCUGCCAGCCGUAUCCAUCGACAUCGGCAUCAUCAAGGGUGUGGGCUACGUCGCUGAGUCACGCGCUGUGUCCGACCGCAUGCGCCGUGCCGCGCAGUCGCUCAUGAUGCCCGACGAAGCUGUGCUGCGUGCCAUUGCCGCCGCCGUCAUCCACCCCUUUGACCAGCCGCAGAUCCUUCUUGGACUGAACUCGGGCCCAGGGCCGCAGUGGGAUCCCGCGAGCGAGUCGCAGAUGGGUCGUGAUGCCCGUUUCGUGCCCCUCAAGUACCGCAGGCCACCUAGCGCCCAGGCCCAGCAACUCGGCGACGGCACUGACGCUGAGGCCAAGCCGCUCGCUGCCCUCCUGCAAGAGGCCGGCUCGCGCGACACAGCGGUGCAACUAGUGGGCAGUGCCAUUGCCAGAAAGCUAGCCGAUAUCUUCGUAAUUCCCACGGAUGAUAUUGAUCUGGCGAAGCCACCUUCCCUGUAUGGCGUCGACUCACUUGUCGCUGUCGAGCUGCGUAACAUGCUGAUGCUCCAAGCUGCCUCGGAUAUCUCCAUCUUUAGUAUCUUGCAAAGUUCGUCUUUGGCCACCCUGGCGAGCGACGUGGUGGACAAGAGCCCGCAUGUCGAGAUAAGUGUGUAG